UCCAUCGUCCGGUGCGAGUAGUCGUGUUCUGCUGUAGCGUCGAAUUCCAAUUUUGUGUGAUAUUUUUCUCAUUAAUUUAUAAUCGAAGAGAGGUGAAUUGGGAUUUGAGUGACUUAACGCGGAUUUGCUCGUUUCAGUGAAGAUUCCAACGAAUAAUUUUGUGUUCGGAAACUGUGACAAAUUUUAGCUGGAAAAUCUCCGGAAGAAAAAAUUGCAAACGUGGUUGACACAUUCAACAGCAUCAUCCGUUGCCUUGCCACCCGCAACUCUACGCCUGCUGCGAUUCUCUCACACUGAGCUCCGGGAAGGUAUCAAUCUGUUUUUGUGUUGGUGGUGAAGAAGAAGCGAUGAUUAAUUUCAUUGAAGAAAACAAGUGCGAUUGAGGAGUAAACAAAUAAGUAUUUUACGGAAGGAGGAUAGCAAAUGCCCCGGCCGCAAUAAUGUUCUUCCGCGGGGGCUUCAGCUUCCGGCGCAACCUCUACUCGAAGCUGAUCCUGGUGCUGAUUUUGGGCCUGUUUGUGUUGUUCUACUUCAAGAAUUUGAAUGGCAACAACGGGAACGUGAAUAGCAUUCCGAUUGCCAAUGGCCUAGUGGGAACGUUCAACCGGGGGAAUUUGCUGGCCGUGGUUGGCACCGAUGGCCAGGAUAAGAUUUUCGAGCAACUAGUGCUGGCCGACUUGGCCAAGCAGGAGAAAGGUUUGGGUGAUAAUGGAAAAGGGGUGGAUUUGAAGGGGGAAGCGAAGGAGAUCGGGGAAAAGCAGCUGGCCACGAUUGCCCUGAAUGAGGAACUGAGCGAGCAUUUGAGCUACAAUAGGACCCCGCCGGACGAGAGGCACCCGGCCUGCAAGAGGAAGACCUACGACCUGGAAAGCCUUCCGUCCACCAGUGUCAUAAUUAUCUUCUACAACGAACCGUACUCGGUGCUGGUACGGACGGUUCACAGCGUGCUGAACACGGCCGAUGACCGGCUUCUGAAGGAGAUCAUCCUGGUGGACGACGGCAGCAGCAACGAGGAGCUGAAAGGGAAGCUCGAUUACUACGUCCGGACGAGGCUGCCCUCGAAGGUGAAGGUCUUGCGACAGAGAAACAGAGUUGGUCUGAUUCGGGCACGGCUGGCCGGAGCCCGAUUCGCCAAGGCGGACGUCCUCGUAUUCCUGGACGCGCACUGUGAGUGCAUGCACCAGUGGCUGGAACCACUGUUGGAGCGCAUCAAACAAUCGAGCACGAGCGUCCUGGUUCCGAUCAUUGACGUGAUCGAAGCGAAGAACUUCUACUACAGCACCAAUGGGGUUACCGACUUUCAGAUUGGUGGCUUCACGUGGGACGGUCACUUCGAUUGGCAUGAUGUGACCCAGCGGGAGAAGGAACGCCAAAAGCGCGAGUGCCCGGAGAAGGAUAUGGCCAUCUGUCCCACGUACAGUCCGACCAUGGCCGGCGGUCUGUUUGCGAUAUCGCGGGAUUACUUCUGGGAGAUUGGCAGCUACGACGAGCAGAUGGACGGAUGGGGUGGGGAGAACCUGGAGAUGUCGUUCCGGGUGUGGCAGUGUGGCGGCACGCUGGAGACGAUUCCGUGUUCCCGGAUCGGGCACAUUUUCCGGGAUUUUCAUCCGUACUCAUUUCCCAACGACCGUGAUACUCACGGAAUCAACACCGUCCGGAUGGCUACCGUUUGGAUGGACGACUACAUCGACCUGCUCUAUCUGAAUAGGCCGGACCUGAGGGACCAUCCGGAGGUAGGAGAUGUAACCCACCGGAGGGUGCUUCGUGAGAAGCUCCGUUGCAAGAGUUUCGACUGGUACAUGAAGAACGUGUACCCGGAGAAGUUCAUUCCCACCCGGAAUGUCAGGGCUUACGGCAGGGUGUCUUCGUUGGCGGAGAACCUCUGCUUGGACACGCUGCAGCAGAACGCCGACAAACCCUGGAACCUGGGUAUCUACACGUGUUUCCGCACGGAGGUAUCCGCUUCGCAGUUGAUGUCGCUGACGAAGCGAGGCGUCCUGCGGACGGAACGCAGUUGCGCUACCGUACAGGACAACAACGCCGAGACCAGGUUUGUGGUAAUGAUUCCCUGUAUAGAUGACGAAGACAUCGACGACACCUGGCGGAUAACGGAGCACCAGCAGUUGAUGCACAUUUCGUCCGGGUUGUGCCUGGAUAGUAGCGAUCUAUCCACGAAAAGCUACGUCCACGUGGCACCGUGUCUUCCGCGGGUUCGCACGCAAAAGUGGGAAUUCCAGCACUAGCGUCCGCACGGGGUGGACGACGAACUGUAGUGUGGGGCGCGGGGGGAUAGAUGAACAGAGAUCUGUAUAUUUUACUAUUUAUUAGAUGGGACACGAAUUACCUCGUUUACAGAGUCUGAGGCGGUCUGUAGACAACUCUUCUGAAGGAAGGAAGAGUAACGCAAGGCAUGAGAUGUUUUUAAGGUGAUGGAACGAUCGAGAGGGGCGGUGCUGUUAUUCUCCGAAAAUCGUUUGAAUGGGGUGUGUGUCGUUUGACAUGAAAGACAUCCGGCAUAACAGGCAUUUGAUAUAAUAGUUAUUUGGCAUAAGUGUUUUGUUAAUGACAGGCAUCCAGCUACGGACAAAACCUUAAGGAUCAUUUUUGAAUAAAAAGUAUAACGCUUGGAAAUUUAAAGUUUUCCUUGUAUGCAAUAAUCAAAAGUUUUUUUACAAUUCACUUGUUAUAUGAUGCUUUUUACAAUUCCACAUAUUUGUAAGGCAAGAAAAAUUGAUAUUUCGAGUUCAAACAAAAUGGAUGAAAACAAAAUGGCGGAAACGAUUCCGAUUCGGAGUGGUAUGUGGUCUUUUUAUUCUAAUGCAUGCUCCUGUAGGGCGACAGAAACAGGAUCAAUAGUGUAGGUUCGCGGUGUGCGAGUGCGAAAAUAUUAUCGUGUUCAUUCGAGGAUAGAUUGGCAAUUGGUGAGCUCGUUUCAUGCUUAUAAUAACACAGUUUUAUCAUGCCAACGUUACGUUUAUGUAAUGUCCAAACAAAGUAUGGACGAUUCGUCACUACAACUGUCGGCAUAAUGAUGAGGAGGGACAUAGAAUAAAUUAACUGUAACAAAAACUUUUGAUGGUUACUACGGAAACCAUACAAUUUUGAGAGUUACUCUUAAGUGGUAUUAUUGUUAUGUCCGUAACUGUAAUUCUGUUCAUGCCAAAUCACCCUAUGGCCCAAAUAGACAAAUGGCCUGCUCCCUUUUGAACGAGUGUCUCGGGAAAAAGCACUGCCUCGCAGAAGAUUCAGGAACCAGAGUGAAAUUUAUAUGUGAGACGCGACAUGUUAAACUGUAUAAACUGGAAAAGCGAAUAAAACUCUUAGCUAGGCAUUAGUUAGCAAAAAAAAACAAAAGAAAAAAAACUGACGACAAUGCGAGGUGUAUCAAUUCGCACCUUUUGAAACUCGCGUCCAAGCUGGUAGGGACAUUCAAAAGAGAAAUCACGAAGUCGAAGUCGUCGUCUCGAGCCAUUCCCUCCUCUUUUAUUAUAUUAAGUACAAGCUGCAGCUCUACUCUGUGAAGCAAGAUUGACGUUUACAAUUCUAGUAGAUACCAGCUAGCUAGACACAUAGUUAGGAGCCAGCUAGACCAGGCGACGAAAUCGCGUAAAACAAAUUUACCUAACACCUUAAUACUACUAGGAGGUGUACUGUAUGUAGAAGAAGCAGCUGAGCAACAGAAGAUGAAAUCGAGAGUGAACGAGAGA